GAACACGAGUCAGGGACUCGCACCAAUUAAAGUCAAAGAAACACACGCGCACACACAAACUCACUUCAUCUGUUUCUUCUUCUUCUUCUUCUAAGAAAUUCAGAAGCGCUGAACUAUAAUAGAUAUAGAACUAAAAGCUUAAAACUACAUAACGAGUUUCAUUUCAGAAAAAAAAAAUGGAAAAAAUAGAGCACACAACGGUUCACACAAACGGAAUAAAAAUGCACGUGGCAUCAAUCGGUUCAGGUCCAGUAAUCCUCUUCCUCCACGGCUUCCCUGAGCUUUGGUAUUCAUGGCGCCACCAGCUUCUUUCCUUAUCCUCUCUCGGUUAUCGCGCCAUCGCACCUGACCUUCGUGGUUAUGGUGACACCGAUGCACCUUCUUCUGCGUCUUCUUACACCCCCCUCCAUAUCGUCGGUGACCUCGUCGGACUUCUCGAUGCUCUUGGUGUGGAUCGAGUUUUUUUGGUUGGGCAUGAUUGGGGUGCUGCUAUGGCUUGGUAUUUUUGUUUGUUGAAACCUGAUCGUGUUAAAGCUUUGGUUAAUAUGAGUGUUGUUUAUCGGUCUAGAAACCCUAGUAGAAAACCUGUUCAAACUAUGAGGGCUAUGAUUGGUGAUGAUUAUUAUAUGUGCAGAUUUCAGAAACCUGGGGAGGCUGAAGAAGAGUUCGCCCGUGCUGGUGCUGCCAGAAUAAUAAAAUCAUUUCUUACGCUGCGUGAUUCACGUCCACUGUGUGUGCCAAAGGAGAUAGGGUUUGGAGGUUCCCCUAACACUCCUAUUACUUUACCUAAAUGGCUGUCUGAAGAAGAUGUCAAUUAUUAUGCUACCAAAUUUGAACAGAAAGGUUUUACUGGUGGGCUAAAUUACUAUCGCGCUCUGGACCUAACCUGGGAAUUGAUGGCACCAUGGACCGGGGAACAGAUCAAAGUACCGGUGAAGUUUAUUGUGGGAGACCAGGACCUUACAUAUAACACACCAGGCGUUAAGGAGUAUAUACAUAAUGGUGGUUUUAAGAGACAGGUACCAUACUUGCAAGAGAUGGUUGUCAUGGAAGGAGUAGCUCACUUUAUAAAUCAGGAAAGACCAGAAGAGAUCAGCGCACACAUAUACGACUUCAUCAAGAAAUUUUAAUCGGCUUCGUUCUUCACGUGAAUGUUGUGUAAAAGAUAUUUAUAAUUCAUAUUUUGGAUUGCACUGUCCCACACGCUUGCAAGAGUGCCAAGUUUGCACAUUUUCUAGUGUCUAGCGCAAUUACUAGUAUUUAUGUCUUGCUUAAUUUGCUUGAAUAUAGACAAGAAACAAACUUGUCUUAACCCUUUUAACUUAAUCUAUAGCUAACUUGCAUUC